ACACUGGUAAUUAAGCGCUUUGAGUGACAGCGGCCGGGCCAAAUGGCGCAGAAGGCUCCCAUUGGCCGUUGCGCACUUUACAACCCGCUCUUGUUCCUCCGCGCUGCGCUCACUCGCCACUUUGAGCUGGGACGCGCACGAGAGAGCACCGCAGAGGUUUGGAGUUACCCGAGGAGGACUUAGUAGAUCCGUUUAGCUUUUCAGUUGCGUUAUUUUGGAGUGAAGUUUCAAUUUACUUCCAAGAAAAUGAGCUUCUUGCGGAGUUUGGUGACCCUGGCGCUGGUUUGUGCCUGCGCGGCGUCCGAGUACGAGUACCUGGGCUGGAGGUCGGACGCGUACAACGGGGGUCGCGGGUACGGCAAGCCCCCCCAGUGCGUGGACAUACCGGACGACCUGCGCCUGUGCCACACCGUAGGCUACAACCAGAUGCUGCUGCCCAACCUCCUGGAGCACGAGAGCAUGGCGGAGGUGAAGCAGCAGGCGAGCAGCUGGGUACCGCUCGUGCACAAGAACUGCCACCCGGGGACCCAAGUGUUCCUGUGCUCGCUGUUCGCCCCCGUGUGCCUGGACAGACCCAUCUACCCGUGCCGGUGGCUGUGCGAGGCGGUGCGCGACGGCUGCACCCCGAUCAUGGAGGCGUUCGGUUUCCCCUGGCCCGAGAUGCUCACGUGCGACAAGUUCCCCCAGGACGACGUGUGCAUCGCCAUGACGCAGCCCAACGCCACCGACGCCACGAGACCGACAGAUUACUCUCCAAUCUGCCCUCCCUGUGACAAUGAGAUGAAAGCAGACACCAUUCUGGAACAUAUGUGUGCCAGUGAAUUCGCCUUCAAAGCCAAAAUCAAGGAGGUCAAGCGCGAGAACAUGGACCGCAAAGUCAUCCUCCAGAAGCGCAAGAAGGCUAUCAAAAUGGGCACGCUGAAGAAGAAGGACCUGAAGAAGCUGGUCCUGAACCUGAAGAACGGAGCCGACUGCCCCUGCCAGCAGCUGGACAACCUCAGCCCCCAGUACCUCAUCAUGGGACGCAAGGUGGACCAGCAGUUCCUCCUCACCGGCAUCCACAAAUGGGACAAGUCCAGCAAAGAGUUCAAGAAAACCAUCAAGAAACUCAAGACCUACAAGUGCCCCGCAUUCGAGAACGUCUUCUAAUUACGAUUACGAAAAAAAAAAAAAAAAAAAGAAAAGAUGGACUUGCACAAAUGUUAAAGCGGAACUCAGUAUGUUUGGUAAAUGAACUGAUUCAGAGACUGUGAUGGUCGGUUGGGUGAAAUAUGAGCGUUAGAGAACUUAAAGAGUUUUAUUAUGUUAAAGCUGCAUUGUGUAACUUUUCUGGUGGUUGCUCUGUCCACCAGAUGCUUUGCUCCUUGUAGAUGUUUUUGCUUUGUCUGGAAUGCUUCACAGUAUGGCGUUAAACCUUUCUAUCUUUGUGGAGACGUAACCAGACAAAGUUACAGAUCAGAUCUGUUUUUCUAGGUAUUUUUGAGCAAUAAAACCACCUGCAAUUGAAUAAAUGUAAAUUAGAGGUGUUUAAUGUCAUACAGUGGAAAAUUCCAAACAGAGCAACGUACGGAAGCCGAAAGGGGUCACAACAAACGCAAACGCCGCAACAAAUACAAACGUGACAACACAACAAAAAGCCACAACAAACCAAAAAAAGUCACAACGAAAAUAACCGUGGGACUCUAUUUUAAUUCAAAUGCCGCAACAAAUACAAAUGCCACAACACAAACGUAAACGCCGCAACACAUUAAAAAGCCACAACACAUCAAAAAGCCACAACGGAAGUGACCGCGGGACUCUAUUUUCUGACGGACCGAUCAAGCGGCAAAUGAAGAAGAAGAACUACAACGUGAAAUGAAUAAUGAUAAAACAAUAAAUUGCUUUUACUUAUGUUUCCAACUUCUCCGUUCCUUUACUUUUCAUGUUGUAGUUCUUCUUCGGAAAAUAGAGUCCUGCGGUCACUUCCGUUGUGGCUUUUUGAUGUGUUGCGGCAUUUGCGUUUGUGUUGCGACGUUUGUAUUUGUUGCGGCGUUUGCAUUAAAAUAGAGUCCCACGCUCAUUUCCGUUGUGGCUUUUUGUGGUGUGUUGUGGCUUUUUGUUGUGUUGUCACAUUUAUAUUUGUCGCGGCGUUUGCGUUUGUUGUGACCCCUCUCGGCUUCCGUAGAAAUGACAUAUCCGCAGGAACAAGCAAAAUGACGGACCCCCAACCGAAAAGUUACAUAGUUCACCUUUACGUCUUCAUCAUCAAGUUUAGUUAAUCUACUCCAGAUUUCAAAUGAGUCCAUGAAUCUCCUUUGUGUUUUUAAAGACCAUACGUUCACCAGACUUCAUCUUUUUGCGCAGACUGCCGUACUUACCAUUGUUUUUUAGUUUCAUUCAAGUAUUUCAAUGAAGCUUAGCAGUCCUGUCUACUUCGCAGUUGGCUCUGGAUCUGGAAGAAAAUUUUCCAUUCAUUUUCACCAUGGGCUUUCCGAAUUAAAGAGAUUAAAUGCGCGAUGGAGGCUAACCAGCUGUGUGGUAACUAAUCUCCGUAGCAUGGUUAUUUUCAGUCCAAAAAGCACACUUAAAACUUAAAAUUCAACUAAACAUUUUAAGAUCUUUUUAUAGUUGUGGUCAGCAGUUACUACACGGCGGAUUGGCCCUGGACGAGCUUUCAGACUUUUAGUAUUAAUUUUCUUUGGAAAGUCUACUGGGAAAAUUACUGUAGGAACCAAUUGGAUGCAGAUGUGAUCCUGUAGCGCCCCCUUAUGUUUUGGAUGGCCACUCCAAGACACGUACACUGUAUUAAGUGAUAUUAUAGCCAAUACCAAUGAUCGUUAAAAAGCCCAAGUAUCUUUGAGUCUGAAAUUUUCUGAAAGCAAGUUAUCGUUAAGGUACACUGUGUAACUUUUUGGUUUGUGAUCCGUCACCUGUUUGUUUCUACGGAUACAUCAUUGCUCAACCUGGAAUGUUCCAUAGUGUGACAUUAAACAGCUCUACUUUACAUUUUUUGAAGUACAGGUGGUUUUAUAUCUUAACUAGAAAAGCACUCAGAGAGCGCAGACCUCCGCCAAGGACUACAGUCCCCCUCAUAUUAAUUGUGUUUUCCAUAAAUAUUUGUCUCGUAUCUUUCAAUUUGGAAUAUGAAAGAGGAUCCGAUUGUCCAUCCCUGAGUCAAAUUUCAUGGGUUUUGGUCAAUAAUUAACCCAGAUAUUGAGAAACAAAAUUUUUGGCCCCAUUGACCACAAUGUUAACUAAAAUUUCAAAGUGAUCCAGAAUCCAGAAUUUCUUCCGGAUCACCCCCAAAAUGAAAUCAGUUCUUCCUUUUCACAUUUCCAACAAAUCCUGAAAAUUUCAUCAAAAUUGGUCCAUAACUUUUUGAGUUAUGUUGCUAACAGACAAACAAACAAACAAACAAACAGACAAACGCCGGCAAAAACAUAACCUCCUUGGCGGAGGUAAAAAUACUGAAAAAAAAAAACGUUCUAACUGUGAGCGGCAUCGCCUCUCCACAGAUCUGACCUGUAACUUGGUCCGGUUUGGUCUCCAUGAAGAUAGACACGUUUAAAGCCAUACUGUGAAACAUUCCAGACGAAGCGGUCACAUCUCGACGUUGAAAAGCAGUUGACGGACCUUCCACCCGAAAAGUUACACAAUACACCUUUAGACAACAAGCUUCCCGUGGUUGUAUUUCUUGAUUUUCACUGUAACGUGAAGAAAUGAGACGCGUAACUGAGUUCUGCUUUAAAGGAAAAUCCUUUGCUUUAUAUUUUGUCUGUUUAUAUAUCUAUAUAUCUUUGUACAUUUACAGAUUCCCUUUUGGACAUGUUAGUGUUUUGAAUGUGCUGAGUGGUUGGGUUACUUUUCUAUUCGCUUUGUUUUUAUAUGGACUCAAGAAGAUAACCCCUCUCACUGAAAUGAUUGCCAAUAUAUUUGUAGGCGUAUUCUUGUAAUUUUCCGCUCAGAUUGUGUUGUUUUGUUAGUAUAAAGAAGCUAAGUCAAGCAUCUUCUAAGAGAUUGCAUAAGUUGUCAAAAUGGGAUAAUGAAUGAAUGAUGAUAAUGAAUGGAAGUCAGUUUUAAAGGGACAUUGUGUAACUUUUCUGAUGGAGGGUCUGUCAAAUGCUUUUCUUCAUGGAGAUGUUAUUGCUUGGUCUGGAAUGUUCCACAGUAUGGCAUUAAACCUUUUUUUAUCUUCACAAAGACCAAAACAGAUUAAGUUACACGCCAGAUCAGGUGGAGAGGCUGUUUUUUGAGCAAUUUCUGAGCUAUAAAACCACCUGUAAUUGAAUAAAUGUAAGGUAGAGCUGUUUCAUGUCAUACUGUGGAACAUGACACAGCCAUAGAAACAAGAAAAUGACAGACCUUCAACCAAAAAGUUACUUAGUGCACCGUUAAAAUCUUGAUGACGUGUGGUUUUGUGGCUCGCAAAUUCUAUAAAAUUUAAAUCCAUCAAACAACGGCAUUGCUGAUAAGCUAAUUGAGCUAAUCUCUUCUAAUGGAAUUGUCAGUUUGGAGAAAAAUGAGAUAAUUGGAGCAAAAAGAAAGAAGAGAAAAUAACAUGGCAAGAAUAGUAUUAAAAAUAAAAAGGUAGUUACUGAUUUCUAUUGAUUUCCAUUCAAAAUCAUAGACACAUCUCGUGUUUUAGAUGGAGGCUUAGGGUGGAUUCACAAAGGUGCAUUAUGUAACUUUUCUGUUGGAGGGUCUGUCACCUGCUUGUUUCUAUGGAUAUGUCAUUGCUCUGUCUAGAAUGUUCCGCAGUAUGACAUUAAACACCUCUACCUUACACUUAUUCAAUUACAGGUGGUUUUAUAGCUCAAAAGUACCUAUAAAACCAGACGUUCUGACUGUGAGCGGGGUCGCCUCUCCACAGAUCUGGCCUGUACCUUGGUCUGGUUGUUCUCCAUGAAGAUAGAAUGCCAUACUGUGAAAUAUUCAAAAUAAUAAAUAACAAAUAAUUUCCCUUGUGAAUCAAUUAAGUUUGUCUUAAAUCUAUUCCAGACAAAGCAAUAACAUCUCAUCAUCAUGGAGAAAAGCUUUUGACGCACCUCCACCAGAAAAGUUACACAAUGCACCUUUAAGGGCCUGUUGACACAAGAACGCUUGCAGGUAAAAACGACAAAAUAUUUUAUCGGAAGUCCCUUUCGUUUAGACCAGGCAUAUCCAAACUAUGGUCCGGGGGCCAAAUGCGGCCCUCAGACAUUUGUUUCUUGGCUGUCCUCAGGUCUUCUAGGUGAAUUGCAUCAAUUAAAAAUUACCUUGCAUCAAUUAAAAAAUAUUUUUUUACUGCAAGUUUUUUGAAAAUCUACUUUGAUAAAGCUAAUACUGAAUCUUUAGUGUGUGGUUUUGAGGAUCUUAGCAUGAAUAAAGACUGAUGGCUCAUUCUAAUGUGUUAAACAUGCACAUAUUUCCAUUAUUCCCUGUACUGAGCAUCAGUCUACAGCCCUCAGUCGGCCCUCUGCUUCAUCUGUGUUUAGAUAUGUGGCCCUAGAUGAAAAAAGUUUGGACAUCCCUGGUUUAGACCAAACUCCAAAGUGGAAAAGUUAAAUACGCUCCCCGUAGCAUUUCCGUCUACAUCGCCCAAGAUGCAAAACUCUGGUCAGAUCUGCUCACGUCGCGUAUGCGUUUACGUCACAUACAUACAGUACACAGAAACAAACAUAUCGGAUCAUUUCCAUGCAUUCAAUCUAAUAAAUUUACAGGAGGCAUACCAGCAAAUCCACAGAAUCUGCAGAGACACUAUUAGUGAACAGAA